AAGGAAUGCGCAGAAAGCCCUAAACCCAUUGUAACGACGUUCGCAGACUCAAGACCUUGAGAACAAAAACUCGCUUCUCAGUUCUCACUCACCUCUCUUCUCUUCCCCCCAAGCACCUAACCGUGGACGCACCGCUCCCUCUCUCUAUUCCAACAGUCAUUGGAAUUAAGGGCAGCAGGCGGCAAUGAAGUUGGACGUGGACGUCUUGCGAUACCUUUCGAAAGAUGAUUUUAGGGUUCUCACUGCUGUUGAAAUGGGAAUGAGGAAUCAUGAACUUGUACCUUCAGAGCUCGUGGUUCGCAUAGCUUCUCUCAAGCAUGGAGGCACUUACAAGGUCUUGAAGAACUUGCUCAAGUAUAAGCUUUUGCACCAUGACUCUUCAAAAUAUGAUGGGUUUCGGCUUACUUACCUUGGAUAUGAUUUUCUUGCAAUAAAGACUCUGGUUAAUCGUGGAGUAUUUGUAGCUGUUGGUCGUCAAAUUGGUGUCGGGAAGGAGUCUGAUAUAUUUGAAGUUGCCAAGGAAGAUGGCACAGUCUUGGCAAUGAAGCUGCAUAGGCUGGGUAGAACUUCUUUUAGGGCCGUAAAAUCUAAGCGUGAUUAUUUGGGGCAUCGGAAUAAUUAUAAUUGGCUCUAUUUGUCACGGCUUGCUGCACUCAAAGAAUUUGCCUUUAUGAAGGCUUUGGAAGAACAUGGUUUCCCUGUUCCAAAUGCCGUGGACUGUAAUAGACAUUGUGUGGUUAUGUCACUUGUCCAAGGUUAUCCACUUGUGCAGGUGAAGCAAUUGCAAAAUCCUGACAUAGUUUUUGAAACAAUUAUUGAUCUUGUUGUUCAUCUGGCGGAACAUGGCCUUAUUCAUUGUGACUUCAAUGAAUUCAACAUUAUGAUAGAUGAUGACGAGAAGGUAACCAUGAUUGAUUUCCCUCAAAUGGUAUCUGUGUCUCAUCGUAAUGCACAGAUGUACUUUGACCGUGAUGUUGAGUGCAUCUUCAAGUUUUUCAGCAAGAGGUUCAACCUGUCUUUCCAAGAGCACACGGAUGAAAUUGAGGGUUCAGAGGUUGACACCGAAGAAUAUGACAGGCCAUGCUUUACUUCAAUAGCAAAAUGUACUGGAUUUCUAGACAAAGAACUUUCUGCUAGUGGAUUUACUAGGAAGGAUCAGGAUGAAAUUGAGAAGUUUAUUGAAGAGGGAAUUGAGAAAGAUACUGGCUCUGAUGAUGAAGGAACGGCUGAUGAAGGACGCAAUUCUGAUGAGUUUGAUGAGACAAACAUCAAGGAAUUUGAUUCUUUGCAGUUGCUGGAACAGCCAGAAAGAGUGAAUUGUGAGGAGAAAGGCAAAGCAGAGGAGAGGCAACAAUUUUGUGAAGCAGGUCAAAGCAGUGGACGAGAGACUCAAGACGCGAGUGACAAGGAGGAGGAAGCAAAUGAGACUGGGAAUGAAGAUAAUGCUGAGCUGAUACAUCGCCUAAACAAGCAGAGACGGCGGGCUGUAGCAGCUGUGCAUGGGAGACGGAAGACCCUUACAUCUAGGAAUUCUUACAAAGACAAGGGUGGUAAGUCCUCUCACAAUUCCAAAAUCCAGAAACAACUGAGUGGCUGGUGAAAUUUAUGGAUGAAUCACAACAGUAUCAAAGGCAUAAAAGAUCGAUAGAAUUAUUAGCGGCAGGGUACCAAGUAAGAAAUGUUUGUCCUCCCUUAGAACGACAACCAACACCAUGAUCAAGGACAAAAAAGGCCAGCAUAUGUGAGGCCAAAAAGAAUCAGAGCAGGGAAAGCUGGUGUCAUAACUUGGAUUUCUGGUCUGUGAUUUUGAGUUCGUUGCUGUUGAAAUGUAGGUUUGUUUUCUUUUAUUUUAUCUUGAGAUAAUCUAUUACAAUUUUGAGGAGGAUAGAGCAUGCACCGUUACAGAAUACAGAGUGUAUAAUUAUUGACUCUAUUUUUUAAAGGAAAGAUAUUUAUUUUA